AUGACUUUAGUGCUACCAUAUCGAGAUAGUGUUGCUAGUGUUGUUAGUGUUGCUAGUGUUGCUAGUGUUGCUUGGGUCAAUAGUGUUGCUAGUAUUGCUAGUGUUGCUAGUGUUGCUAGUGUUGCUUGGGUCAAUAGUGUUGCUAGUAUUGCUAGUGUUGCUAGUGUUGCUAGUGUUGCUUGGGUCAAUAGUGUUGCUAGUAUUGCUAGUGUUGCUAGUGUUACUAGUGUUACUAGUGUCGGUGUAUUCAGUGUACAUUGUUUAUAG